AUGACGGAGACCCCUGUCCCCAGAGUAGAUUCCAGAGGAAGACGAUGUGUGGCUGGAGGCUGCAGCAACACAAAGAUGGAGGGAAUCAGCCUGCAUUAUUUUCCCUUUGACAGACCUGCCAUUUUGCGUAGAUGGAUGCAGUUUGUUGAACAGUACAGGAAGAAUUGGAAGGGCCCCUCGAAGACGUCCACGUUGUGCUCUGUUCACUUCGCUGAGGAUGCCUACCCUGCAAAGUACAGGAUUUUGGAAUCCAUGGGGGUGAAGGUGAACAGAAGAGACCUCAACAGGGAUGCUAUUCCUACACUUCAGACAAAAGUAGACCCAUCUACAACACCGGCAUUGGCAUUGGGGAAACGGCAGGCCCCUCCCACGACCCCUCUAACUAGCACCCCAAAGAAGCCUAGGAGAGAUUUUUCCUAUCAUCGAUAUAAGCCUAAAACUUAUGUAGAAACAAAAUAA